GACAAAAAAAUGGCGGAGGAAGACGAAAUCGAUAUUUUAGGGGAUUUUUCAUUCAAUUCAUGCUUUGCACAAAAUAACCAAGGAAUUCCUUCUUGCUCCAGCAGAGAGGACACGGUACAUCCUCAAUGGUUGUUAGACUCCACAGAAACGAAUUGGUAUGAUAAAAAUAAAGAUAAAAACAUCAAAGAUGGACCAUAUCGAAAACUACUUGGAAAUAGUUCGUCUAGAAAGUACAACAAUAACACCCAUACAGAAUGGAGUAAAAAUGAAAGACAGAUACUUGUUAUGGAAAUGGCUAAGUUUGGUAGAAAUAUUAAAAAGAUAUCACAGACAUUAAAAACAAAAACUGAAGCAGAAAUACAAGCAAUGAUUGAGGCUGAAUUUGGUGUAAUGUUAGAGUCAUCUUUGCCAGGGCUGGAAAAAAAUGAAGAGCAGUAUGACAUGCCUACUGUUGCCCAAGAAGAAAUAGUCACAGCAGAGUUAAACACGCGUAGUGCUAGUGCUGAUAAAACAAAACAAAAUAAAAAUAAAAAUUAUCGAAAAAAAUACCCUAAAUCAAAGAACAUAAUACUAAAACCCAACCUCACAAAUGAAAUGAAACCUGGUAUAGAAUCAUCGGAAAUAAUUUAUGAAGAUGAUUUAAUUGUUGGCUCAACUGAAUCAAUUGGUUCUGAUCUGGAAUUGACAGACAUAGUUUCUAAGAAUGUGGCUAAACACCAAGCGAAAGGUAAAGUGGAGAGAAAAAUUGGAAAUCACAGAAGGAAAGUGUCAAGGAAUUAUGAUAAAAAGCCCAGAAACAAAAGUAAAGAGUUAAAAUCUCCACAGGGCAGACAGAGGAAGAACUCUAGCUUGUCUGACGAUAGUGUUAAAAGUCCUAAAAUGCAGUUAUUGUUGGGUUCUGGACAAGCUUUGCCGAUUUCUGAAGGAGAACAAGUGAUAAAAAUAGAGAAGAAGAAAGACUCUGAGCCAGAAAGUGAUAUAGACAUUGAUGUAGAUAGCGACAGUGAAGCAAAACAGAAAAAACCAAAGACCAUAACUAAAGACGAUGAUGCGCCGAUAGCUGUACCUCUAGAGAACUUUGAACCUAUGCCCAGAAGACAGAAGAAAAUAAAUUUGCCUGCGACUGUUUGCUUGCAGUUGAUAUCGAGCGUGUCCCACCACGUGCGCGCGGCCGGCUACCGACACGACGACCCGCUCGUGCCGCUGCUGCUGCACGGCAUCAGGGACGUGUUCAGGUAGCGCGACCACUCAACGUCUGCACCCGGACUAUUAGUUGUGUCAUUCCCGACCCUAUUGAUAGAGCAUAAGACUCAUUUCACCUUGAAGCGCCUGAACGCGCGGCAAAUAAAUGGUGCUUGGUAACUGUGGACCAGCUGUCAAGAUCUCCGAGCUGGAGUGUCUUUAUGUGCUCUUGUGAAGUAGUGAUCCCAAAAGUUGUUAGACAGUGUGUUCACAUGUAAAAUCCAGUACACUGAAUAAAGGGUCUGGAAGUCUGGAAGUUGAAUCGAUAAUAAUCGGAAUUUCGAUUUGUGUUAGCUGAAAUUGAUUCAGUUAGUUUUUGUUUUAAACUUUAAGAUUAGUAAUUGAAAAAAAUAAUAUUUUUUAAUAAAAUGUUGCAAUAGGCUGAGUGUAAAUAAUUUGUGUGUAAUAUAUAUAAUAUGUGCAGUAUCUUGUAAAUAAUUUUAAGCUUUAAAAGAUGUUGAUUGGCGGCUACAAUCUCCUGUUUGUUCUCAGUC